AUGAAGUUUGGAAUAGAAAAGCUGAAAACUAUCGAAAUUCACUCGACCGCAACAUCACGUCCUGGAUACUUUGAAGCUUGUAGCAAAAUGAUCAAAGAAGUAAACCAAAAGCGUGUUAAGGAAGUGCAGGAAAGAUCAACAAGUGUCUUGAUGUCCUUGACAUCGAAAAUAGAAAAUCUUCGUUUUUUGUACUGCGAUGGCGCAGCAGAACAAAAGCAACAGAGCGCCAAAGAAUUUCGGCUUCAUCCGUGA